AUGAAGCUGCGCGAGAAACAGAGUGGGGACAAGGUCACGUACCUGGCUGAACCGGAAGCGGGUAAGGUGGCACGAGAUGAGCUCCGCACCAAGUUCGAAAGGGUGCCGAUCAAGGAGUUGCAGCAGCAGGCGCUUCCUAUGGCAGCAGCAGUGAGUACGGUGGACGUCAACCUUCUGCAUAGGAGGAUGGGACACGCUGGUCAUUAUCGAAUCAAGGAGUUGAUCAAGAAGAACAUGGCAGCGGGAGUGAAGGAAGAGAAGGUGGAGGAGGUGUGCACUCACUUCACAGCUGUAUUUCAGGUGAAGAAGAUUCCAAGGACCACUCUCUUCCUUGGAAUGAACCUAGAGAGGAACAAGGACGAGAAGAAGUUGCUGCUAUACCAGAAGAAGUACUUUCAAAAGUUGCGGGAGAGGUUUGGAGGGCAAUGCAAGACCAAACCAGUGACAGCACCUCUCAGCAGCCUUGCGGAUAAGGAGGUCGAUGUGGGAGCAGAAAUUGAGGCAUGGGGUAGCAAGGAGAAAGCGCUCAAAGCUUACCAAUCCAUGGUAGGCUCAGUCAUGUACCCAAUGUCAUGCACACGGGUUGAUGUGGCCUACGCUGCAAGUUUUCUUGGGCAGAGGGUGUUGCAGCCAGAGGGACACAAGUGGAAGGAGAUGGAGCGGACUAUCACUUACCUUCUGCAGCGGGAUGAUGAGGGGCUUUUGUUUGAAGGAGGAGAGGAGAGUCUAGAGCUAGUGGGAGGCGCAGCACUUGAAGCGCCGGGAUUCACGCACCUAUCGUCUCUCGCCACGCUCUCCGUGGACAUGUCGGACCAGGAGGAGCUGGAUCUCUCCAGCCUCGAGCACCUGCCAGCGUUCGCCAACCUCUCUCUGUGCGGCGAAACGGAGCUCGUUCUCGAAGGCGAGGACGCGUAUCCCGUCUCGUUCGCCCACAUACCUUUCCUUGAGUCGCUGGAAUUCAACUACAGCACUCCACGGUUCGACCUGCUGUUUCCGCGAGGAGUUUCGUGCAGCCGUCUCGAGCGGCUGCUUCUCAGCUGCUCUGACAAGCUCGAGCGCCUCCCUGACGACAUCGGAAAGCGGCUGCCACGCCUUCGGGAGUUGAUCAUCUGCGCCUCCCCUGAUCUAUCCGAGCUGCCUCAUCACUUCUCUUCCCUCAGCUGCCUCCUGAAGCUGACAAUCUCCGAGGUCAACGUGGUCAGCCUACCUGAAAGAUUUGGAAGGCUGCCCGUUUUGAGAGAGUUGUCGAUGCAGCAAGUGCUCAUCUCAGGUCUGCCGGACUCUUUCUCUCAGCUCUCAAUGCUGGAGGUCUUGAAUCUGGUUGACUGCCGUUCAAUGGCGGCGUUGCCUGCAAGGUUCGGCAGCCUCCAUGCACUCAAGUCCCUCUGCAUCGCCAACUCGCCAAAGCUGGGUCUUCCGGAAGACAUAGGAGGGCUCACCGACCUUCACACUCUCCGAGUGACUCUAAAUCACGUACAAGAGCUGCUGCCGUGCUCGUUCACGCAGCUCAAGUCACUGACAAGGCUCGAGCUCACCCAGUGUGGCAUAUUAGAGGAGCUUCCAGAGGGCGUGGGUGCUGCACGCAUGAAGGCACUUCCGGAUGAUUUUGGAUCGGCCUUGCAGCAGCUGAGGCAGCUGCGCGUAGAGCAGGCUGCGGAACUGAGAGGGCUGCCAGACACUCUCACCCAGCUGCACUGGCUGACCUCCCUGGAAGUGCAUGCACCCAAGCUGGCUUCGCUUCCAGAUGGCAUUGGCGCCUUGUCCCGGCUGCGCCAGCUGAAUCUGGCCCACUGCACAUCGCUCACACGCCUCCCUUCCUCCCUCACCCGCCUCUCCUGCCUCCACAAGCUUAGCCUUGGCUACACCCCCGUGCGCUCUCUGCCCUGCCACUUCGCCCAUAUGAGCCGCCUCAAGGCUCUUGACCUGGAAUCCUGCAAGCACCUCGAGUCGCUGCCUGACGUUCACCCAGCUGCAGAUGCUGCAUAG